GGCGGUUGUCUUGGGAGUUCACUAUUUUGCAGCUUCGCCUGUCUCCCCUCGCAAUCUUUUUCCGACAGCUAAUCCACCUCAACUCGAGCCGCUUGGGCUAGCUCACCAGUAUAUUCUUUAUUCGUAUUUCCCUCUGUGUGUGUCUUCCUCUGGCCAUGUGCAGCUAAGAUGAAUUUUCUUUCCGCCCUCGGGAAUCUGCCAACCCGACAAGCACUCCUCCUUCUCGACUUCCAAAACGACUUUGUUCGUCCAAAUGGAGCUCUUCAUGUGCCGAAUACGGCAGAUAUUAUCGAGAUUAUUCCACCACUUGCCAAUGCAUUCCGUCGCACGGGCUAUGUUGUCUGGGGCCGCUCGUAUCAUGAGUCACGCCAACCGCUGCUCAACGCUGACGGCCAAGAUCUGGUAGUUAUAAGCCGCGCCGAGGACUCGGUCAAAAAACGAACAGCAGACUUUGAGCUGAAAGGCCCUCUUCAUGAAGAGGCCUUUCUUUCGACCGAAACUCCUCAGUGCUGUCUUCCUCAAAGCGCUGGAGCCCAAUUCCCCGCCCCGCUACUCGCGGCUAUCGAUUCCGAGUCCGAUAUCCUAAUAGAGAAAUCAGAGUAUUCUGCUUUGUCUCCGGCGCUUGUUCUUUCCCUGCGCACUCGUUUUGUGACCGAAAUCUAUCUCUGCGGUUCCCUCUCCAACGCCUCGGUCUACGCGACUGCGCUUGACGCCGUCCGUCACGGGUUCUCGCUUUUCUUAAUCGAGGACUGUCUAGGUUACCGGAGUUUUUCUCGCCACGAGGAGACUAUGCGACGCAUGGCCGAUGUUCUUGGAGCAAACGGCAUUACCUCUCAGGAGCUCCUAGAACAGCUGGACCGCGAAGAGACCGAUCAGAUCGCACGCAGUGCGCCCCGCCUGGCACGGCCUUUACCCCCGGCUGGCAUUGAAGGUGAUCUGGAGGAUCUGGACGUAAAGCUCAACACCACAAACACCAAAGAAGAUAGCCCUGAGCCUCCUUUGAGACGCCGGAGGCUAGAAGAUAUCUUGGCUGAAAUGUCUGAUGACGAGCAUGGCCAUCUCCGGGAACUGGCAGAACUGAGUCGUGGGCAGGUCCGCUCUUAUCGCGUUGAGCGAGACGGACAAUCUCAUGGACCAGAGUCAGUAGAUAAUUCGGCGAGAAACACCCGCCGAAAGCGACCCGACCAAAGCGAGUCUCGCUCCUCUCGAACUGAACGUCACCGAGUCAGGAGAUUGAAGCCAGCAACGAACGUCUGUCGCCCAGGGGAUGUUAUCGGAGAGGGUGAUUCCCGGAUUGUCUAUGAACUUGAUUUGCCAGAGAAUGCUUUUGAACGCAUCCGUGACGAAGUGGCUUGGCAGAAGAUGUACCACAUGUCCGGACAGGUACCCCGUCUCGUUGCUGUUCAAGGGAAGCGCUCGUCGGAUGGUUCCAUACCGAUCUACCGUCAUCCUGCAGACGAAUCACCUCCACUUGAACCAUUUUCCCCUACUGUCGACCAGGUACGUGUCCUUGUGGAACGUAUUCUAGGACACCCUCUGAAUCAUGUCCUCAUCCAACUCUAUCGUGACGGGCAAGACCGAAUCUCUGAGCAUUCAGAUAAGACCCUCGACAUUGUCCGUGGUUCUUCUAUCUGCAAUGUCAGCCUUGGCGCCCAACGAGUCAUGAUACUCCGGCAGAAGGGCUCGACGAACGAGGAAGGCACAGCUAGAGUCACACAACGAAUACCGAUGCCCCACGAGUCUCUCUUCGUAUUGGGCGAAAGGACAAAUGCAGCCUGGGUUCAUGGCAUUAAGGCCGAUAAGCGGCAAGAGUCCGAGAAAUCGGUGGAGGAGCGCGCUUACGGAGGUCAAAGGAUCUCGCUUACUUUCCGACAUAUUGGCACCUUCUUAGACCCUAUCAUUGACACUAUCUGGGGUCAAGGUGCCGUCGCUAAAUGCCAGGGUGAAGCGCGCCCCGUAAUCCAUGCCAACGCAGAAGAAACCGAGCGGCUGGUGCGCGCUUUUGGAGAAGAAAACAGGUCUAUUGAUUUUGACUGGGACGCCGCUUAUGGCGAAGGCUUCGAUGUUGUCAAUUUUGUCACAGCCACCAGUACCAAACUGGUCCUUGGUGAGGACGAGGUAGUCAACUUGCGGGUUCAACUUGGCCUAGGCGAGAAUAGUAUUAGAUAUGACACCACCCCGCAUCAGACCUUACAAGCAGGUAGUGAGGCCAAGCUGCCCUUGUACAUCGACUCGGACGGUACGAAGGUCGCUGGUGAUCAGGCGAUACUGAGAUACCUAGCGCAGCGCGCUCCCGAUCCAGAACGACAAGGCGUGGAGGUGUUGCGCGGUGGCGAUAAGUUAUCCGACAUCGACGGCCUUCUCGCGAAAUGGCGAGAAUCCUACAAUAGCAGCGAGCCAGAUUUUGAUACAUUGACCCCGUGGGAACAAGUUUUAACCGGGCAGCACUACCUUGGCGGGAACACUUUGGCAAUUGAUGACUGCGCAUUUUGGCCAGUUCUAAGGGAGUUUGUCCAAAAGACCGGACCGCUCUCAGACAAGGCGUAUCCUAAUUUAGCCCAGUACUAUACACGAGUUGGCAAACGUGGCAUUGUCAGGGCAGUCCUCGAAGAAAUGAAAUGA